AUGAUUCGUGUUACCUGGGACAUGAUUAAUGAUAAAAGCGCAGUUUGGAUUUUUUUAACGUUUGAUGUAUUGAAAAUGAGUUCUUCCAAGGACAAAGAACAAGUAGUAAAACGGAGUAAAGAAACCUUUGCUUAUAAGUUUUGGCAAGAAUUUCAGGAAGAGCGAGGAGGUAAGAAUAUCUAUAAGAAAACAUAUGUGCAAGAUACAAUACAAGGGUCCAUGAAUGAAUUAUCACAAAAAUCAAGAUCAUCAAUUCCUUCAUUGUGUGAUGGAUUAUUACAGCGUAUAAGUGAGCUUGAAAAAAAAACUACAGAUGCUUCAAGAUUUUUACCUCCUUACGACCAAAGGCAGUCAAUUUUGGCAGAAUUGACUCCGAAGAACAAAUUUUCGUUUAAAUCGAGAAAAACAACGGGUUCAACAGAAAAAAGUGUGUCAGCUGAAUCGAACAAAAUCAUAAACAAUGACUUGGAAGUUGUUACUUCACAUAAUGAAAUUGUUCCUACUAUCACGUCACUUAAUCAAAACUUCCAAACAGUGACUCUAGAUAAUAAACAAAAUUGCUAUAUCAGUGUGAAGUCAUAUUUAACAAAUCUGGAAAAGUCAGAAGAAAAAGUAAUGGAUUUUCAAAUUUCGAAUUUAGACCAUUGUAUUGUGAACCUUGUAAAUUCUAAUGUAGUUAUAGGUGCGAUACAUAUUAAAGGAUUGAAGGAUACUAUUAUAAUGGCAGGUCCUGUUAGAAGCUCGAUUUUGAUUUAUGACUGUGAGAGAUGUGUGUUCUUGAUCGGAUGCCAUCAGUUCCGAAUGCAUACAUCCAGGCAAAUGACUAUUUAUCUUCACACAACAAGUCACCCCAUAAUCGAAGAUUGCCAUAAUAUUUUGUUUGCACCUUAUACAUUAUCGAUUCCUGGCUUGGGCAAUAUGUUUGAGGCGGCUAAGUUAGAUCAAAAUAAUAACAAAUCUGAUAAGGUCGAAGACUUUAAUUGGUUAAAACAACAGGCAUCUCCUAAUUGGCGAACUGUUUCAGAAAAUAAAAUACUUAAGGAUUGGCCAUUUCUUCAUACCGAUGAUUCAGAUGGUACUACGGAAGAAACUGUCUCAAAUGUGUUGAAUGAAAUUUUAGAGUCCCAAUUAAUUUCUUGA